GAAUAUUAAGAAUUACUUGUUCGAAGUAGGUGGAAGUUAUCGAUGUGACUUCUGUAGCCUUCAUCUCUAAAGUUGUCAUUACGAAGUCCAGAGAAGAUUUUGUUCGACGUUAUGAUUAGUUGCCGACAACUUUAACGAACAAGCCCUAUAGGAAAUAAUUACAUUGACAUAGCUAACUAACUAAGAGGUAGAGAAGGACAUUUACAACGACGAUGAUAGCCUCUCAUCUUCUGGCUUACUACUUCACGGAGCUCCACCAUGACAAAGUUCAACAAGUGGAUAAAUACCUGUACCACCUGCGGUUAUCGGACGAGAACCUGAUGGACGUGUCGGUGAGAUUCCGACGGGAGAUGGACAAGGGUCUGGGCCGGGACUCCAACCCCACGGCCGCUGUCAAGAUGCUGCCCACGUUUGUGCGUUCCACCCCUGAUGGGACAGAAAAGGGAGACUUCCUGGCUCUAGAUCUGGGUGGGACCAACUUCCGGGUCCUGCUGGUGAAAGUGUCUGACAAUGGGAAGCAGAAGGUGGAGAUGGAGAACCAGAUCUAUGCCAUUCCUGAGGAGCUGAUGAGGGGCAGCGGCUCAGAGCUCUUCGACCACAUUGCUGAGUGUCUAGCUAACUUCCUGGAAAAGCUGGGAAUAAAGAAUCAGAAGCUUCCUCUGGGCUUUACCUUCUCCUUCCCCUGCCAGCAGACCAAACUGGAUGAGAGUAUUCUGGUGUCAUGGACCAAGGGCUUCAAGUCACACGGGGUGGAAGGGAGAGACGUGGUCAGCCUUCUGAGGAAAGCCAUCAAAAAGAGAGGGGACUUUGACAUUGACAUUGUGGCCGUAAUCAACGACACUGUGGGCACAAUGAUGACUUGUGGAUACGACGACCAUCACUGUGAAAUAGGCCUCAUUGUCGGUACCGGCACUAACGCCUGCUACAUGGAGGAGAUGCGUCACCUGGAGCUGGUGGAGGGGGACGAGGGGAGGAUGUGUGUCAACAUGGAGUGGGGGGCGUUCGGUGACGACGGCGCUAUGGAUGACCUCCGUACAGACUUCGACCGGGAGAUCGACGCCGGCUCCCUCAACCCCGGCAAACAGCUGUUUGAGAAGAUGAUCAGUGGGAUGUACAUGGGGGAGCUGGUGCGUCUGAUCCUGGUAAAGAUGGCCAAGGAAGACCUGGUGUUCAAGGGUCACACCACUCCUGACCUCCUCACCACAGGACACUUCCAGACCAGCUUCGUCUCCGCCAUCGAAAACGACAAAGACCAGGAGGGUCUGGUGAGUGCGGAGAAGGUGCUGAGGGGGCUGGGCCUGGACCCCUCUGGGGAGGACUGUGUGGCCACUCAGAGGGUGUGUCAGGUGGUGUCGACGCGGGCCGCCCACCUGUGUGCUGCCACGCUAGUCUCUGUUUUGAGACAGAUCAGAGACAACAAGGCUGCGGAGAGGCUGAGGACAACCAUAGGAGUGGACGGCUCUGUCUACAAGAACCACCCACAGUUUGCGCGGCGGCUCCACAAGAUGGUGCGGCGGCUGGUGCCGGACUGCGACGUGCGUUUUCUGCGCUCAGAGGACGGCAGCGGGAAGGGGGCGGCCAUGGUGACGGCAGUGGCGUACCGGCUGGCUACCCAACAUGCUGAGCGGCAGCGUAUCCUGGACACCCUGCGUCUGAGCCGGGAGCAGCUGCUGGAGGUGAAGAGGAGGAUGGGAGAGGAGAUUAACAGGGGCCUGGCCAAGGAGAGUCAUGACCAGGCCACCGUCAAGAUGCUGCCCACCUACGUCCGCUCUACCCCUGACGGCACAGAGCACGGUGACUUCUUGGCCCUUGACCUGGGUGGGACCAACUUCCGAGUUCUGCUGGUUCGCGUGCGGGGCGGGAAGAGACGCAGCGUGGAGAUGCACAACAAGAUCUACGCCAUCCCCCAGGAGGCUAUGCAGGGCACUGGAGAGGAGCUGUUUGACCACAUAGUGCACUGCAUCGCUGACUUCCUGGAGUACAUGGGUAUGAAAGGAGCUUCCUUGCCCCUUGGCUUCACCUUCUCCUUCCCCUGCCAUCAGAAUAAACUGGACCAGGGUAUCUUGCUAAAGUGGACCAAGGGUUUCAAAGCUACCGGCUGCGAGGGAGAGGAUGUUGUGUGUCUACUGAAGGAUGCUAUCCAGCGCAGAGAGGAGUUUGAUCUGGACGUGGUUGCCGUGGUGAAUGACACUGUGGGCACCAUGAUGACCUGUGGCUACGAAGACCCACUGUGUGAGGUGGGCCUCAUCGUAGGUACUGGCACUAAUGCCUGCUACAUGGAGGAAAUGCAGAAUGUGGAGCUGGUGGAGGGGGACGAGGGGAGGAUGUGUGUUAACAUGGAGUGGGGGGCCUUUGGGGACCACGGGGAGCUGGACGACUUCAGCACAGAAUUCGACAGAGCCGUGGACGACUGUGCCACCAACCCUGGCAAACAGAGGUAUGAGAAGAUGAUCAGUGGGAUGUACCUUGGGGAGAUAGUGAGGAACGUACUGCUGGAGUUCACUGCAAAGGGACUUUUGUUCCGAGGCAAACUCUCUGAGAGGCUCAAGACCAGAGGCAUCUUUGAAACCAAGUUCCUCUCCCAGAUCGAGAGUGACCGUCUGGCCCUGAGGCAGGUGCGCUCCAUCCUGCAGCACCUGGGUCUGACCAGUUCUACGUGUGACGACAGUAUCCUGGUGAAGGAGGUGUGCAGCGUGGUGGCUCGCCGCGCUGCCCAACUCUGUGGUGCCGGCCUGGCCGCUGUGGUCGAUAAGAUCCGGCAGAACCGCAACCUCUCCGAGCUCAAAAUCACAGUGGGUGUCGAUGGAACGCUCUACAAACUACAUCCACACUUCUCCAGCAUCAUGCAUGAGACGGUCAGGGACCUGGCGCCUCAGUGCGAGGUCACUUUCCUCCAAUCAGAGGACGGAAGUGGAAAGGGGGCGGCUCUCAUCACGGCGGUGGCCUGUCGCAUCCGAGACGCCGGACAGCGCUGAGCGAGGGGCUCUGGGGAUGCAGAGAACAAGGGUUACGUCCCAAUUGGCACCCUAUUUCCUAAAUAGUGCACUACCUUUGACCAGUGUCCUAUGCUCAAAAGUAGUGUACUGAAUAGGGGGCCAUUUGGGACACAGACAUGGGCGGGGUCACAACAGGGACAGCACAGGAUGACAAAGGGAUACUGGAAAAGGAGCACAACGGACUUCUUACUUAGAGAUUUGCUGUGCCAACGUUUUUCAGAUUUUAAGAAAAUGGUGGAAAAUAUGCAGCCGAAGUCCAACGAGAGCAGAUACAAAUUCAUUGCUUUAACUAAUGAUGACAAAUGUGAAAAUGUUGAUCAAUGUAAUAAAGUCAUGGCUUUUCAAAUAAGUUAUAUGUUGGCUGAC